AUGGAGUCAUACACUCAACGAGUGGCUAAUUCAAACACUGGUAUUCGAUUCAUCAACAUCCCUCAAGCAGAUCCACCUUCAGCAGAGUUGUUGAAGUCCCGGGAAAACUAUAUUUCUCUUCUCAUGGAAAGCCAUAAAUCCCGUGUCAAAAAAGCAAUAGUCGACCUAGUAUCAGAACCAUAUACUUCUCUUGCCGGAAUAGUGGUUGAUCUAUUCUGUAGUUCAAUGAUUGAAUUAGCAAACGAGCUCGGUGUUCCUUCCUAUGUGUUCUUCACCUCUAGCGCUGCCUUUCUCGGCUUCAUGCUUUAUCUCCCGAUUCACUAUAACCAAUAUGGAAGAGAAUUCGAGACUUCGGAUUCUGAUUCGAUCAUUCCAGCUUAUUCUCACCCUGUCCCUACAAAUGUUGUUCCUUCUUUUGCAUUUAACAAGUAUGGUGGUUAUGCCUCAUUCGUGAAACAUGCUACAAGGUUUAAAGAGACCAAAGGAAUCAUCGUAAACACGUUUGCAGAAUUAGAACCUCAUGCUGUGCAUCAAUUGAUAUCCGACAGUGAAACACCACCAAUUUACACAGUUGGACCCUUGCUCGACCAGGAGGGCAAAAGGCAAGACUCAGACUGCGAAAGGAUAAUGAAAUGGCUAGAUGACCAACCUCCAUCAUCAGUGGUAUUCCUCUGUUUUGGAAGCAUGGGUAGUUUUGAGCCUGACCAGUUAGCAGAGAUGGCAAUUGCAAUCGAGCGGAGUGGAUACAGAUUCUUGUGGGCUGUCAGGUCGCCCCCAUCCAAGGAUAACCCCACAAAAAGGAUGGGUGAAUAUUCCAAUUUGUCUGACGUACUUCCAAAAGGUUUCUUGGAACGUACUGAAAAUCGGGGAUUGCUGUGUGGUUGGGCACCGCAGAUGGAGGUGCUGGCUGAUGAAGCAGUUGGUGGAUUUGUAUCGCAUUGUGGCUGGAAUUCCACCCUGGAAAGCCUGUGGUUUGGGGUGCCUGUUGCAACAUGGCCUCUUUAUGCUGAGCAACAAAUUAAUGCAUUUGAAUUGGUCAGAGAAUUGGGACUAGCUCUGGAAUUGAAGUUGGAUUAUCGAAUGGAAAAUGCAAAGAAUCUUGUAAUGGCUGAGGAAAUAGAGAAAGCUAUCAGAUGCUUGAUGGACUCUGAAAAUCCAAUCAGAGGGAGAGUUAAAGAAAUGAAAGAAAUGAGUAGAAAGGCCAUUCAAAAUGGGGGUUCUUCAUUCAUCUCAGUUGAACGCUUGAUUGAAGAUAUCCAUAUCAACAAAGCAAAUAAGGCAUAGAUAGAAUCAUUU